ACACACACAAUCAUAGCUCUUCCUAUCCCCUGAAGAGUAUAUAAGCAGACACAGGAGUCUCCCAAGACGGAGCAGCAGCAGGCAACAGCAGGCAGCAGCAGACCAACUCCAACCGACAGCAGCUUCUCUCUCCAGCUUCAUCUGAGAUCAUCCUCCCUGAACUAUCACCACCAUGUCUGAUCAAGGUGCCGCCGUGAUUCCCUCCUCCACCCCCCCUGCUCCCACCGGACCCCCUCCCAAGGUGACGAACCGCGGUCGCAGCACAGUACCCAUCGCCAGCUCCAACUCUGACACAACCGAAGUACCCGAGUUUGAGCCUUUUGGUGCGGUGGGCAGAGGAUUACCACCUCUGACUGAGUAUCUUGACAUCUGGGAGGUCGACAUGAUGAGAAGGCCAGAAGAGAUGAACAAGCAGCAACACCACACCGUGUUUUACAACUCGGACUAUCUCAUCGUCCGUCGAGGACAGGAGUUCCAGGUCAAAGUCACCUUCAGUCGUCCCUACAAACCUGCUGAAGACAAGUUCGCUUUGGAGUUUGCCAUCGGAUCCAGCCCUCAGUAUAGCAAGGGCACCUAUAUUCCCGUCUUCCCCACCACGGAGCGUCAGACGGCCUGGGAAGGCCGCAUCACAAACACCUCUGGCAGCACAGUCACAAUGGGUAUCACUCCUACGGCAAACUGCAUUGUGGGAAAGUACCACAUGUACGUCGCUGUGAUGACGCCCUUCGGCAUCCGCAGGACCAGGCGGGAGGACAGCCGAAACCUCUACGUCCUCUUCAAUCCCUGGGUGGCAGAUGAUGCUGUGUUUCUGGAUGAUGAGAGGGAGCGGCAGGAGUGUGUGAUGAACGAGGUGGGGAUCAUCUACCAUGGUGCAUAUGACGACAUCGCUGAGAGAAACUGGAAUUAUGGACAGUUUAACUAUGGAGUCCUGGAUGCCUGUUUGUACAUCAUGGACAGGAGUGAAAUGCCCAUCACCAACCGAGGAGACCCCAUCAAGGUGACCAGAAAGGCCUCUGCGAUGCUGAACUCUCGUGAUGAUGACGGCGUGCUGGUGGGGAACUGGAGUGGCGACUACACCUACGGAGUGGCACCCACUUCCUGGACUGGGAGCACAGAAAUCCUGCUCAGCUACGCCACCAGCAAGCAGCCCGUCUGCUACGCUCAGUGCUGGGUCUACGCUGCCGUCUUCAACACCUUUCUACGUUGUCUCGGCAUCCCGUCGAGGGUUGUCACCAAUUACUACUCUGCUCACGACAACGAUGGAAACCUGAAAACUGACAUCAUCCUGCAUGACAACGGCAGGAUCGACCGCAGUCGCACCAAGGACUCUAUCUGGAACUAUCACUGCUGGAAUGAGUGCUACAUGACCAGACCAGACCUCCCAGCUGGCUUUGGAGGCUGGCAGGUUGUUGAUGCAACACCACAGGAAACCAGUGAUGGCAUGUACAGAUGUGGUCCUGCAUCAGUCCAGGCCAUCAAACAUGGAGAGAUGUGCUACCCAUUUGAUGCUGCCUUUGUGUUUGCUGAGGUCAACAGCGAUGUGGUGUUUUAUUCCCGGAAUAAAGAUGGCACCAUGGAGCCGGUCAAAGUGAACCAGAGUCAUGUAGGCCGCGUGGUUUUGACCAAAUCGCCGGGAGACAUGACCCGCCGCGACAUCACCGAUCAAUACAAGUUUCCUGAGGGCAGUAAGGAGGAGCGGACAGUUCUGGAGAAAGCGGAGGAGUACGGCUGCAAGAGAGAGAAGUCCAACCCUUCUCAGGCUGACGUGGACCUGGUCCUGCCCACUCUAGAGGUCAGGAUGGGCGAUGACUUCGAGUUGAGCCUGGAGUUCAUAAACCGCAGCGACCAGCGCCGUGUGGUGGACACCUACAUCAGCGGCAACGUGGUGUAUUACACUGGUGUCACCAGCUCCGAGUUCCUGUUCAGGAAUCCCACAGUGACCAUUGGCCCCAACAAAAGUGUGAAGGAGAUGGUGACAGUUGAGUCAAAGAACUACAUGAAGAAUCUGGUGGAACAGGCCAACCUCCACUUCAUUGUUACUGGGAAGGUCAAGGAGACCGGCAAGAUUGUCACCGCCAUGAAAGUCGUCACCCUGCACAAUCCCACACUCACCGUCACGGUGUCAGGUGUGGGCAAAGUGAAUGAAGAGAUGAUGGCGACUGUGGAGUUCACAAACCCCUUCACUUUCAGUCUGGAUGGCGUCUACAUUCGCAUGGAAGGACCUGGGAUCAUGUCGCCCAAGUUCAAAUAUUACAGUCUGAUCCCAAGAGGUUCAUCCCUUACCUGGACCGAGUAUUUCAUCCCACUGAGGGCUGGCAGCACCAGGAUGAUUGCUACUCUGGACUGCCCCGCUCUCAGGCAGGUCCACGGCCAGGCGUCUGUUACCAUCGAGCCCUGAAGGUCACUGAUGCCCGACGUCACUCAACCCAUUUACACUUUAGCUCAAAUACAGGCAUAUAACAUAGUUACGUAUCUAUAGGUUUUGCAACUAUUUAACAGGCGUAGCUUCUGCAUUCAUAACAGAGGAGAUAGUCAUAAGCAAGGAGAGAACAGAUCUCUGAGAUUUAAAAAAUACUCUUAAUUUCUAAAAGUUUAAAAGAAGCUUUUCUUCACAUUUUUAUACCGUAUCAAACUUUUUAACAAUUAAAGAGCAACUGGGUGAUUUAUUCUUUUUUUUUUUUAAAUCCCUUUUAAAUCCCGCAUAGUCUGUGUUUAAUUUAAAUCUGCAUUGGUCAAUUUUUGGCCACUGCGGUGCAGCAUUACACCCAAAACAAGAUGAACACAGUCCUGACAUAUUGUUGUUUUAUGAGGUCAGUAGGGUCAACAGGGCCGUUAGUAAGCACCGCCAACUUACAAGUCCAGUAGACACAGAACAACAUUAUUGACAUGAUCUGUUUAAGUCCAAUAUUCACUCUCUUAAAUUUGGCUUAAGUCACCCACUAACACUCGAGAGAAAUAUCUCUGUCUUCAGCAGCUAGUUGCUAACUUUGUCUGCUACUAGUUCAGUGGAUUUGUGAGAGCUGGAUUUCCUGAAAAUGGCUUCCUGCAGCGGUUCGAGACAGGGUUAAUUAGGGCAGUAACACUGAACAGCACAGUAAUCUAAACAAUGACCCUCAGAGGUCUGUGGAAAUGCAGAGUUGGAUGAUAAAUCUCUGUGUAUGUAGGAUAUGAGUGACACAUUUUAUUCCAUGUUUAAUUUCAUAAUCAAAACUACUACUAGACUACUGAUUAGUGAGCUUUUUGAAAUGUAUUCCCACCAUGCAACUACAGCUAUUAAACUGAAGUAUCAAUGUUUUUGCUUGAGAAAAUAUAAAAAAAAUAAAUAAAUAAAGAUCUCUUUCUACAUCUUUA